GUACCAAUAGCUUCUCAGAUGAAGUAAUGUUAACAAUAUAUUAGUACGCAACUAGUAGCCUAGACAUUCUUUCAAAAUUCAUGAUAAAUUAUUUAUGUUUAACGCCUGUUGUUGAGUCAAUCAUUUCUCAUUCAUCUCCAAGAAAAUAAACGUGAACUGUCAUGAUUUUACGAAAAGCUUUAGAAUACAUUUCAUAUCUCUGGAAGCUGAUAACUCUAGAGAUAUUCUUGAAAAACUUGGGCCGGAGAAAAAUCGAGAAGAAACUAGAGAGAGACAGUGAACAAUCGACAACAAACAUGGCAGAAAAGACAGGCAUGGAGAUAGCAACACUUCCAGAAAUUCCGAAGAACGCAGCCGGUGUGUGCGUCACACAAACAGCCCAUGAAGCAACCUCCGAAGAAACCGAAACUCAUGAAGAGAAGAACGAAGGCGGCAGACACAUAGUGACGAAAGGCACCAGUCUACAGGAGGAGGAGCAGAAGCACAAGGUGCAGCAAUCGGUGCAGAAGAUCCCCGGCGGCAUGAUGGCCAGCAAGGUGACAGAGAGCGUCUUCACCUCGUCCUACUCCGAGGAGUCAGAAACCACCUCCAGUUCCACCACUCAGGUGAAGGAUGGAAAUGCAAUUACCAUGCAAUCUCCACCAGCGAUCUCAAGUUUAGAGGAAUCUCACAAACAAGACUAUAUCGACGAAGUGUGUGAUAAUGUGUCAAAUGAAUUUACAAACAACAAUUCUACCUCAGAAACAUUCAGUUCUGAAAAUAAGGAACAGAAUUUCUCGGUUGAAACCAGUGCAGUGGACAGCAAUCACAAUGUGCUGGAUGAAAGUUGUCAUUUUAGUGAUAGAAUUGAGAAUAUUUCGUCGUCUGCCAAUGACAGCCGAGAAAUUCAACAAGAGGAGUUGAAGAGCACCCUCAAGGAAAUCAUAUCUGAGAUCGAACAACACGUUGUGGCUGAGAAUCCAGAAGUACUGCAGGAAGACACACCAAAAUACAUGGAUACAAACACAAUCAAUCGAAACGAACAAAAUAAUAACAAUAAGAAUGACGAUACAGAAGAAAGAAUGAACAAUAAAAAUCAACAAAGGAGAACAACCGACAGACAAACUUCAACAAGCGAAUUGCAGAUACACCACGAUCAAGGAAAACAUGAGGAAUGGAGUUGCCAAGACCUGCUAGCUCUGAUUCCCUCCUUGUUGGACCCCAGCAAAGGGCAGGGUCAACGACCCCUUUCUCUGCCAGCCAAAAGUGAAAUUUUCCAUCUCUGGCAGAGUUUACAGAUUGCUAAUGAGCUGAAUCAAGUUCUGAAGGAUCAGCAACAAGAGAAAAUGGUCGAAGGAGAGAAGGAAGCCAGUGGACAUAAGGUGAACAGAGACGAUGGAUUGGUUCACAGCAAAUCAAUCGACCUUGAAAAGCUUUUCACUCCCGCUUCCGACUCGGGAGAAAACACUCCUUCCAGAAAUAGGCGAAAGUACGCAUCAAGCAGCUUCUACUCGACGCACCACCCGACAGUGGAGGAGCAGUUCGAGUUGGCCAGACGCAUUUCGAGCUCCCUGAGUGACAUCAGCAACCAGCAGAGCAAGGGCCAGUCCAUGUAUGUCAACCGCAAGAAGCGAUCCGUCAAAUGGGUGCACGAAGGUGAAGGUCAAGCUCCACCUCCGAAUUUCUUGAAUGGAUCGGCGAAUGGAGACGACAAUGCAUCAUUCUCUCAACAGGGUACAAACUCCCCGAAACCAUCGCUGAAGCUGGUGAUGGAUCCCCGCGGCCAAAUCCAGGAUCUAUCCAGCCUACGAAGACAGGGCCUCAACAUAGAGCCGGCGCUCAGUCCUGAGGUCUGCUUUGAUCUGGUCAGAGAUCUCAACUCACCUAGAGGAAAAGGUGCAGAACUAUUUGCGAAACGAAGAAAGAAAUCGGAAAAAUGGAUAGUGGAUGAGAACAACGUGCGAACGGCGUCGACCAAUCAGAUGCAAGACAUCCAGAGCAACUCGACCUAUCAGGCGAGCAGCUAUCACCAGAGCUCGGUCGGCACUCCAACCAGCCUCAAGAUGCCGCCACCGUCCUAUCUCAAGGAUGGCGCUCAGCGCAAUGAGAAUAUCCUCAGGAUGAACGAGAUCCAAGAGCGCUUCACGCAGCCGCGCGUCCGCCUCGUGCAGUCGCCAUGGGAGGCGGCGCUUCACACCGGCUCCGUGGAGGCGGCAUUCCAGGAGGUGCCGUCCAGGGGCACUUGGCGCGAGGCCCUGAGUCGCAGUCCGGUCAUAUUCGACGCCCUAGCUGGGGGCGGUCCCCCCCUCGCCCCGCCACGCACCAUUUCGCCCGCCCCCGCCUACCAGUCGCCUCUGCCGCCCGCCAAUGUUGACGUCUACAAACCGAAAGUGCCGCAGGGCUGGGCUGCACCCUCCGCGCCCAGGAAGUUGCCUCAGCAUCAGCCUAUUGGUAACCUGAAGCUGGAGAAACUAUUUGCCGGGCGUCCCAAAACACCCAUAACACUAGUCUACAAUGCUUACGAUGACACUCUCUCCACAUCUGCGGCUAACGAGCCUCAACCACCCCCAAAACCCCCCAGCCCCGAGCUGCCCGAGCCCAGUGAAUAUCUCAAAUUCAUGAGUGAAUUCACUAAGAAAAACAGCAGCAACAACACUGAUUCACCCAACCUUCAAACCUCAACCACACAAAACGCUCAGUUUAGUGGAAAUAACAGUUCCCAACAGUUCAGUAACAAUAAUGCUCAGUUUGACAACAGUGGAGCCAAUUUUCAACAAACUCCUCAGUUUAGCAGUAUCGAAAAUACUAGUAGCUUAGGAUCAUCUGAAACAGUGGCAAAUGUCUCCAAAACCAUCUACAAACAAGAAGUUGUAGAGAGCGAGGAGACUACUGAGUCAAUGUGUUUCAAAAAUAUUGAGAAGUUUGAGAAGAAUAGCACCUGUUUGGGGGCGCAGGAAUGCUUGAAGAAAAUGCAGAGUGAAUGCUUGAAGGGUGCAGAGUGUGUGCAGAGCAAUAAUAAUCAAUGCUUGGUUGAGAGCGUCAAUUGUGGUGGAGAUGUUUUGGGACAGAGUUUACAACAGGAACAAAAAAUGUCUCCUCCUGGUAAUAUGUGCAGUAUUCAAGUAGAUGAUGAGGUGCAGGAAUUGUGUGAGAGACAGCAGAAUGUUGAGACAUCACUCUACCAGGCUCCCAGCACUACUGAGUACAAGAAACCUCCUCAACUUGUCCCUGGGGCCAGGCCGAUCUUCCCCAAUGUUGAUGUUAAUGGAAGUAGUGUGCCACUACAGAACGGAGGUAGCAGUACCCUGGUAGGAACCCUGGUAGGAUCCGGCAGUAACCAGGUAGGAGGUAUACCAGAUGGAAGGAUGUCUAGAACUGAAGAACGGUUGGCGAAUUUGAGAGCAACUCCUUUGUCACAUCUGGGGGAACAAAGGGUUGAUUCCCCCUAUGAGAAACUCCCUGUCAGGUCACUGAUCAACACAUUUGAACAGAGCGCUAGACCAAUUAUGAGAUUCAAAACUUCUGAAGAACAACUGCCGAUUAAGAAUGGAAAUGGAGUUGGGUUUAAACCAGUUCUUGGAAAGGAAUUGACACAGAAUGGAGGAACACAGGUUCAGUUCAGUGAGAGUGAUACUAGUGACUAUUCUCAAGAAUUGAAAAAGGAGAGCUGCAAAAUUAUACCCAGUCAAAUGGGGGCUCAACCAACACCCAACAAACAAUCCCAGAUACAACCACAAAAAGUACCGAUCAAAACAUUUUCACCAGAAACUAGCAACAUUAGCCUCGGUUUCCAACCAAUCCUGAACAGUAGCACAACACAUUUCUCACAGGAAAUCAUCAAUCAACCGCAGUACUAUGUGGCUGAGACAAAAGUUGAGACAAGAACAUUUGAGCCCAAUGGCAGCACAAUGUUCAGCAGUUCAUCCUCACAAGAGGGUUUUCAACAGAGCUCCAGCAGUUUCCAAGCCAGCAGCAAAACACAGUUCUCGAGCAUGCAGACGAGCAGCAGCAAAAUGAUGAGUCAGCAACAGCUGCUGUCGGCGACCGAAAAGAGUGUGAAACCGGCCGUUGAUAACCUACAAAAAGUGACGGAAGCGGCACCUAAAACCAAAAAGUUCGUGCCACCACCCCCCGCCCCAGAACCGGCAACCAAUCAGAAGCUAGAUCUGAACGGCCUGAACAACUUCAACACAGCUCCCAGAGGUUGGACCUCCAAAAUGGACUACUAUCGGCCCGUUUUCAUGGACCCCAAUGCUGUUGUGCCCAUCUUUACUGACUUCUAAACUCUUGUCUCAGGAGUUGGAUUGUUUGAAAAUUAAUUCUAAAAAAUAUUGUCUAUAAAAGAAUAUGAAUAAAAUAUUUUUUUAAUGUUCAUGAUUGUUUAAAGAAGGAUCGUGUAAUCUCUCAAAGAUUUGUUCUCAAAUGAAUGUUGGUUUAACGUUGACUGAAAAAUGUCAUCCGUUGUUAUUCCUGACUAGGAACUACAAUCUUAAAAAAAUUGUUCCAUAAUUGUUGGCUUUUUCAAUAAAAAAAUGUAAUUUUGUUGUUAUUUUUCAAGAGUUUAUUUCCAUUUCUGGUGGUUUGAAUUGUACAAUUUCAAUUAUUCAAUGGGUGUUAUGUUCCCCUGUGUUAGAAUUGACACCGUUAUAGGGCUAGUGUGUAUUAAAUAUGAAUACUGUAUUAUUUGAUAUAAGUGUUUUCUUUAUUUAAUUGAUGGAAACAACUUCAUACGUCUCAAUAUCAUGAUAUUGUUCGCGAGAAAAUUAUCUGCUAGAACAUCCAUCCCCAUCCCUGUACAUACGAGAGGAUAGAACAUUUUUCACUCAGAAUAUUUGUAGAACUAAUACAAGAACUUUUAGUGUGAAAUCGAUAUUUUUAAUGAGUAUGAAGUUGAUGGAGAGUUUCAUGAUUCGUAAUUUUUAAAAUCAAUGGAUUUUUAAACGUCCAUCAUAAUUUAUUUCAAAGAAUUAUCAAGUUUGAAUUACCAUUACAAUCUCAUAAAACGUGUUAGCCCCGGCACAAAGCCUACAUACAAUUUUAUUUGAGGAGAUAAAAAUUCAGAAGUAAGUUUGAAGCUUCAAUAAAUAAGAAGUUUGAGCUUUAUUUUUAAAAUAUUCAUUCUUCUCAUAUCUUCUUUCAACUAUCAUAGUGUGGUAUUUUUGUUCACUACAUAGUGGUAUGCUCAUCAUUAAUGAGUUUAAUCUCCCCCCUGUAUUCCAUUCUUAAUACAAUCAUUAUUUUUUAUUUUAUUUAUAUUUUAUUUCUUCUAAUUUAUUAUUUUGUUAUUUGAUUUAUGUUUUAUGUCUUGUUUAUAACCAUUGUAGGUAGUAUUCAUGUCACUUUUAUGUCAUACUCUCCAUAUUCAAAUAUUUAAGUUAAAAAUAUUGAUUCAACAUAAAUCUUGGAAAAAAUUUUUUCUUAUAAAAUGUUGUCAUGUUUGGUUGAAACCCUCUUGUAAAUAAUGUUCGAGUAAUGGUCUAUUUACUUAAACGAAUCUCUCUCUAUUGACAUUGUAAAUAAACAUCAUAUUAGACUAAAUCAGCAGCAGUGUACAAUGUUCGAUGUCGAUGUAUGUUACAAUAUAAUUAUGUUGAUACAUAAAAA